CUUCCUUUUCCCACCCACCCUUAGCAGCUCUCAACCUAGAGGGCGGAGAGAGGUGGCAUUUGAGUCCUCCGGUAUCCCAGCAGGCAGUGCAGCCUAGAGACGCUGACAAAGGACCAGAGGAGCAGUCGCGGCUGCUUUCCUAGGAGCGGGUGUUGCCGAGAUUGCCAAAAUGCUUUGGAGUUUUUAACUGACUUAAGGAAAGUCCAAAAUAGAUUUGAGACUGUAAAAACAGAAGCUGCAGCAAGGGGGAUUCAGUGCCAAUGCAUCAACAAAAAAGACAGCUAGAUUUAGUGGAAGGAAAUCUUCCUGUUUUUGUGUUUCCCACAGAACUAAUAUUUUAUGCAGAUGACCAGUCAACACAUAAGCAAGUGUUGACUUUAUAUAAUCCCUAUGAGUUUGCCUUAAAGUUCAAAGUUUUGUGUACUACUCCAAAUAAGUAUGUUGUCGUUGAUGCUGCAGGUGCGGUAAAGCCUCAGUGUUGUGUGGAUAUUGUGAUUCGUCAUAGAGAUGUUCGAUCUUGUCACUAUGGUGUAAUAGACAAAUUCCGUCUCCAAGUUUCUGAACAGAGCCAGAGGAAGGCUUUAGGAAGGAAAGAGGUUGUGGCUACUCUUCUCCCUUCUGCAAAAGAGCAACAAAAGGAAGAAGAGGAAAAAAGAAUAAAGGAACCAUUAAGCGAAAGUUUAUUUUUUGAACAGUCUUUUCAACCAGAAAACAGAACAGUCUCCUCAGGACCUAGUUUACUAACUGUCUUCCUGGGAGUGGUGUGCAUUGCAGCUCUGAUGCUUCCUACACUGGGGGAUAUGGAAUCGCUGGUGCCUCUCUACCUCCACUUAAGUGUGAAUCAAAAAUUAGUGGCUGCUUACAUCUUAGGUCUUAUCACAAUGGCUAUACUUAGAACAUGAGCAAGGAAUUCAAUUGACUUCUGAAGUAAAUUUAUCUUGAAAAUAUGAAUGUGGACUGCCUUUUAUCUCUAUUUCACUCCAUUAAUAUGCUACAAACUAUUGAAUGAUUUACAGUGAUUAUAAAUAUAUAAUAUAUAUUUUAAAUUACUUUAUAAUUUUAUUCAAAGGACUCCAGCACAUUAUGUUAAAAAAAAACAGGAUGCUUCUGAGUGACACUUAGGGAAUUCUUUGAAGAAAUUCUUUUUAUAUCUAAACCUAUUGUGCAAAAGACUUUAAUUAAAACAUUUGUUAUUUUCUCAUCUUUUUUCUAAUUCAGUUUAAAUUUGUUAGGCUCAUGUGUCCUUCAAAGUUAAAGGCCUAAAAUGGCAAACUGACUAGCCUAAAAAUAAAAUUACAUUUAUUUCCUAGCUACGAACAUCAGCGUUACCAUGUAAAUUAUACCUUGGCCUCUAUCAUUAUAAACAGUUGCCAUGGUGUUUCUAAAAUAAGAGUUUUACAGUUAAUGUGUGGAGAGUUUUUUAAAACAUGAAGUACUGAGGAAUCAUGCUUAUUCUAGGGCUCACAGAGGACAGGACAUAUUUAAUUCAUCUUCUGAAUUACAGAAUAGGUCCUGGUCCAGACACUAAUCAUGUUGGGUUAUUUUAAACCUCAUAAAAGUAGGGUGACGUCUCUAUUUGGUCUAAGAAAUCUAAAGGAAGAUAAGCAUGUGUUUAGUUGGUUCACCUUGGCUUUACCUCUAGAUAAUGCUUUAUGUUAAUAGGAGGAAAAAUCUCUUUUAUUUUUUUCUCCCCAGCCCCUUGCCUGAUUGUAAGUGACUAGUCCAGAUUGGGAUUACCAAAUGCCAGGUGGCUUAUGUGGAGAUGAUUUUUCACCUUUAAACCCUAAGCCAAGUACAGAAAAUCCUUGAUAUCUGUGUCUAUUUUAUAUCAGUCACUGAGACAUUUUUUAAGUUUAUAUUUAUUAUUAAAACAACUUUAUGAAAAAGUCCCCAAAGCACAACUAUUUACAUUUCUUUAUAGCCUCUUCUGAUCUCUAACAUAUAUAUGCAGUUUUAACUGUUAUUGUCAUACUUAGGAUUUUUAUCUGAGAGCACAAUGCAUUAAGAGUCUCUUGAAAUUCAUUUUUCAGAUCUUUUUACAGAAUGAACUUAUGCACUGCUACUGUAGUAUUCUCAAGGAGUAUAUGUAAACAUAAAUUGUAUGCCUGAGAUUGGUUUUUGCAGAAAAACAGUACUUUGCUUCUAAACUAAAAGCUUUUACAUGUACUCUUUCAUAGAAAAUCCUGAUUGGUUUAACCAUGUGCGGAGCAUAAAUCAUUAAAUGGAUCAUGUCUGUACAUUGUGUAAUGAAUGAAAAGCACAUAAAUGUCAAUGUAAUCUAUUUUGGACUUCGUGAAAAGUAACUUGUUUGGAGGCUAUCCUUGUUUCUCUGUCCAUCUCAAGUCCUGUGUGUGUGUAAGUGUGUGUGUGCACGUGCAUGUGCACGCAUGUGUGUGUGUGUGUGUGUGUGAUAACACAUUGUAAAAAAAAGAAAUUACUUUAAAAAAAUAAAAGAAAAUGGAGACCCAAGUUUCA